ACGCGAAGCUCUGUACGGUGGCCGGGAGAGGACACGGCGCCGCCUACGGAAGCCUGAGCAUGUUUACACGUGUUUAGCGAGACGUUUCUGGAUUUAACACUUUAUAGCGAAGUUUUUAUCUAAUUAAAAUGAAGCGAAACAGAGAGGAGAGCGGAGAGGAGGGCGACGUGGACCAGGACUUUUUGGACCGAGUUCUGAACCAGCUGUAUGAUUUCGGAGACGGAGCGAAAGGCAAACGAUCAAAGAAAGGGCAUAAAAAAAGGAAAACGGGUAACGAUGAGGAGGACACGGCAGUGGAGGAAGAGGCUUCUAAUGAUGAGUCCAGUAGUAUAAACGACAAAGCAGAUUUAAAUGACAUGAAAGGUGCAAACCGUGAUGAGAGGAUCCCCACGUCUACAUCGUCAGACUCCACAUCCAAAAGCACGACAACAUCAACAGUAGAGAUUGUUACUUUCCAGGAUCCACUAAAGACGAAAAAAUUAAAAAAGGCUGUCGAACCUGAAGUUAAACCACCUGAAGUAAAAGACAAAAAGAAAAAUGACAAAAAGGACCCAGAUGACUUUCUAAGCAUAGAAAAGGCCCGGCUGGAGGUGCACCGGUUUGGAAUCACAGGGUUUCAGAAAGAGCAGCAGAGAGUUUUCGAACAGGAUAGAGCCAUAAUGCUGGGAGCCAGACCUCCCAAGAAGGACUAUGUGAAUUACAAAGUGUAUCAGCAAAUGAUAAAGGAGAAGAGGUUGAAAGAAAAGGAGGAGGCGAAACAAUCGGAAACCCAGGGAAAGAAGAGAAAAGGUGGAAAACCUGGAAAACAAAAGACUGAGAAGCGCAAGUCCAGCUCCUCCGGCAGCGAGCCGACAGGACAAGUGGGGCGCUUUAAGAACGGCAUGCUGGUCCUGAGCAACAAAGACAUUCAGAAAUUAAAGGUCAAAGUGAGAAAGUGACAAACUGCCCGCUGCCCUGACCUGCGUGAAUGUGACUGAGCCGGCACUGGGACAUCACUGUGGGAAUAUGCAGCGUGCCGCAAUGAAUUAUUUAGUGCGUGUUCUGUAAUUUUGAUGAAUAUGGGGACUGGAUGAAAAAUGUGCUUGUAUGUGCAACAUUCAUAGAGUGUUUGUGAAGCACUACAUGUAAAAAUGCUUUCCGUACAGCAGAGAGAAAAAAAGUACUUCAUUUCCAGU